CCUUGUGUGCAGAUAUGCACGGACCACGGGCACAGACAAUGGGAUGCUGAAGGCCUGGGGCAAGGGGUGGAGGUGGGCUGGAGGGGAGCCAAUGGGGGAAAAAAGGAGACAUAUGUAAUACUUCCAACAAUAAAGAUUUUUAAAAAUAGUAAUGAUAGCUCAUAUCUACUAAAUACCGGCCUUGACCAUGUCCCAGGCCCUAGUCUACGUCCUUUACACGUAUUUGGCUCAUUUUAUCGUCACAACCAUCUUAUAAGGCCACCCCCUUCACACAGAGGAGAGAACUGAGUUUCAGAAAGGUUAGAGAUCGGCCCAGGGUCCGCACGGCCUGAAUGUGGCGAAUCCAUGGUUAGGGCCCCAAUAGAGACACGUUUAAUUUCCUUUCCUCGUCUAAUUGCAGUGGCUGGGACUGGCGAGAACAGACCCCUGGCCUCUCUCCUAACCUGAACAAGGGAGCUCCUAGUUUCUUUCCAUCAUGAUGUCAGAGUUUUGUCGCUGUCCCUUACCCACGAUUCCCUCGAGAAAGUCCUCCUCUAUCCCUACUUUGCCGAAGCAAUAUCAUUUUCCUAUCAAAAGCGUACAAAAAGUAGUGUGUACAGUUCGAUUCUGAUUUUGAGAAGAAAAUACUUUCUAUUGGAAAAGCGUGUGGAAGGCAAUCCACUGAUAAAGGAGUCAUGUGGGGCCGUUAGAAGGGGUAUUUUUUUUCUUUACAUAGUUCUGUAUUUCGGAAACUUGCCCUGAUGAACGCACAUGUAUUUUAUUUUUUUAACAACAGAACAAUAACGUUAUGAAAAGCGAUGCCCUGUUCUGGAGAGCUGGCUUGCAGACAGAAAAUAAGACGAUUAAAGACUAACGUAGCCAAGCCGGUGUAGCUCUGGUUGAGUGUCUACCUAUGAACCAGGUCACGGUUCGACUCCCGGGAUUUCGGGCUUGAUCUCCAGUGUGGGGCGUGCAGGAGGCAGUGGAGCCAUGAUUCCCUCUCAUCAUGGAUGUUUCUCUCUCCCUCUCCCAUAAAAAUGUAUUAAAGAAGAAAAAAGAAAAACGGAACAGAACUGCUCAACCUGGAGCAGGAGGGCCUGGCAGGUCUUGGCCGAGGGGAGGAGUCGCGGGGCGGAGGAGGUGCCUGGUGCCUCUCGGAGCGCAGCGCACGCCCGGGCCGCGGGGAGGGGCAGCAGCGCCCCCACCUGGCGCCGGCGUCGCGGGCUGGCGCGCACCCCCAGCUCAGUGGCAUGAGAAGGUCCCCGGACGUCAGCCCGCGGAGACUGUCGGACAUCAGCCCGCAGCUCCGGCAGCUCAAGUACUUGGUGGUGGACGAGGCCAUCAAGGAGGACCUCAAGUGGUCGCGCUCGGUGGAGGACCUCACCGGCGGGCCCGCGGGGCUCACGUCCAUCGAGGAGCGCAUCCUGCGCAUCACCGGCUACUACGGCUACCAGCCCUGGGCGGCGAGCUGCAAAAGGGAGGAGCGCCCCCGGGAGGGCCCGGCCCCCGCUGAGGCCCCGGCGGCGGGGUCGGAGGCCGGGCGGGGCAGCCGCCGCUGCUGCCGCUGCUCGGGGCCGGGGCUGCGCAAGCUGGGCUGGGGGCUGGCGGUGGUGCUGAGCGUGUGCACCUCCUGGGCCGGCGCCACGCAGCUGGCCAAGCGCACCUUCCGCACCUUCGACGCGCCCUUCACCCUGACCUGGUUCGCCACCUCCUGGAACUGCCUGUUCUUCCCGCUGUACUACGUGGGCCACGCGUGCAAGGCCCCUGAGCGGCCGUCGGUGAGGCAGCGGUACAGGGAAUGCUGUCGGUUUUUUGGAGGCAAUGGCUUGACUUUGAAGGUGUUUUUCACCAAGGCAGCCCCGUUUGGUGUCCUGUGGACACUCACAAACUACCUGUACUUACACGCAAUAAAGAAAAUAAACACCACGGACGCCUCCGUGCUCUUCUGCUGCAACAAGGCGUUUGUGUUCUUGCUCUCGUGGAUCGUUCUCAGGGACAGGUUCAUGGGCGUGAGGAUCGUGGCCGCCAUCCUCGCCAUCGCCGGGAUCGUGAUGAUGACCUACGCCGACGGCUUCCACAGCCACUCGGUCAUCGGCAUCGCGCUGGUGGUGGGCUCCGCGUCCAUGUCCGCGCUCUACAAGGUUCUCUUCAAGCUGCUCCUGGGCAGCGCGAAGUUCGGAGAAGCCGCCUUAUUCCUGUCCGUCCUGGGCGUGUUUAACGUCCUCUUCAUCUCCUGCGUCCCCGUCGUCCUCUACUUCACCCGCAUCGAGUACUGGAGCCCUUUCUCCCACAUCCCCUGGGGGCACCUGUGCGGAUUCUCCCUCCUCCUGCUCACGUUCAAUGUCGUGUUAAAUUUCGGAAUUGCUGUCACCUACCCCACUCUGAUGUCUCUCGGGAUCGUCCUCAGUGUGCCUGUGAAUGCGGUGGUCGAUCACUACACCACCAACAUCGUCUUCAACGGCGUCCGGGUCAUCGCCAUCGUCAUCAUCGGCCUGGGCUUCCUCCUGCUGCUGCUGCCCGAGGAGUGGGACGUCUGGCUGGUCAAGCUCCUCACCCGCCUCAAGGUCCGGAAGAAGGAGGAGCCGGCGGAGGGCAGCGGGGACCUGGGCUCCGGCCCCCAGAACAAGAGAAGGGCCCGGCCCUCCUUCGCCCGCUGACCCGUCUCCUGGACACGCGGGGACGCUGGCGCGAAGGGUCCGGAGGUCUGUUCCUGGCGGCACCUCGGUGGGCAAAGGUGUACAUACCUGUACAGUCUGGGUCCCCUGGGGACGUCCCACGGGACUCAUGGGCAUGUCCAACCCGCUUGCUCUUGUCCACAUCAGACCUUCCACCUAAGGUACCGACUCGACGCGCACGAGGGCAGAACCCGAGUUCUUUUUAAAUGAAUGUAAAGCGAGUAGGAGCCAUCCUGGCCCCGGCCAGGUCUGCGGGCCACAGGUUCUGGUUGAGGCAGGCGGCUGUCCUGGGUCUUCUCGACCGAAAACUCCAUUGCACACUGUGAUAACUCCCUGGCGGUGGGAGUCAUUGUUGGUUUCAGACCAGAGCUGGAAUCUUUAUUUUUUAAGGAACCAGAAGAUGACGAAGUUAGUUUGGAUGGACAGACGGAUAGGAAGGGGACACGCAAAAGGAGAAUGGACAUCGAAAGCCAUCUCUGUGCCAAG